GUUUGUAUCGAAACAUAUCAGCGAAAUUACCUCUGCAACACGACGAUACGCUGAUGUUCUUCGACAGCUUUCUUAUCGCAUCCUUCAAGAGGCGUGACUUCAACAGACGAGGGAGAAAACAGCCAGUCGUCACAGAGUAUCCAGUUUCCACUCGGAACUUACUUAACGUUACUGUGGCUGUCAGAUUUGAGGAGCUCGCCACACAGAUAUACAAGCCUGUCCUCAGUUUAGGCCUGGAUUAACUUGCAUGUAAACUUCAAGAGAUCACAUGGCCACAAUGUUUAUGAAGCUUGGCAGACUCUUCUUUAACCUGCAGAAGAUGAUGCGAGUUCCUCAAAUGCUCUCCGAGACCCUACCUUCAAUGCCCGAGACCCUGAGCGACAAAGAAGCACCUUGUUUUUUCCGCGAACGCUACAUUCACUCUGGCUACCGCGCAGUCCACCAGAAGUGGCGCUACUAUUUCCUGUCGCUCUUCCAAUGGCACAACGAAUCCAUAAAUGUUUGGACGCACCUACUCGGAGCACUAGUGGUGCUUUUGAGAACUGUCCAAUUAACUGAGACGGUAGAUUUCAUUAACGACAUUCAUUCCUGGCCACUUCUUAUCCUUCUCUUGACGUCAAUGGCUUACAUGGGCUUUAGCACCGUAGCUCACCUGUUGGCAGCCAAAUCAGUGUUCCACCAUCAUGCUUUUUUUUUCCUUGAUUACGUUGGUGUUGCGCUGUAUCAAUACGGGAGUGCAGUGGUGCACUACUACUAUGCAAUUGAGGAAAGUUGGCACAAAAAUGUGCAAGGAAGUUUCAUGCCUAUUGCAAGCUUUUUGUGUUGUCUGUCUUGCUUUGGCUGCUGUUACGGGACAUAUUGCAAUUACGCCCUUCCUUCAUGGGUACGUAAAGUAGGCCAAGUAGUUCCUUCAGCCUUAGCAUAUGGUUGGGACACCAGUCCUGUGCUCCAUCGUUUGGUCAUCUGGUAUCUGUCCUGGGUGACAGGAGAUUUCAGAAGCAGUCCUGCUCUGCUUUUUCACUUUGGCCAGGUGGCGUUCUUUCUUUCCAGCGCAUUUUUCUUCACUCAUCCUAUUCCUGAGAGCUGGUUUCCGGGUCACUGUGACAUUUUAGGUCAGGGUCAUCAAGUAUUUCACGUUCUGAUAUUUUUAUGUACAGUCUGUCAGAUUCAAGCUUCAUAUUUGGACUACCUCAACCGCAGAGACAUCUAUGUGAACCUGCAUGCUGAUGCAGAGGCAUCAUUCUGUGUUUUGCUGUUUAUUUUGACCCUUGUCGUGUCUACUCUAAUAGCUUUGUAUAUACUUGCAAAAGUAAAAAGAGCAGUCAGCAAUACUGAAAAGCAAAGGAAAGAGUAAUAUUUUGACCAGCGUAAUAAUGGAUGAUCAACCUUUGGCCACUGAGUGUUACAGUUGUGGGCAUUUAGGUUUAUUUAGGACCACGUAGUCUUUAGAUAACAGUGAUUCUGCAUGUUUCUGGAUCAAUAUUCUUGUUGGUCUUGGAAUAACAUUCCUAUCAACGAUUCAGUUACAGUGUUAUGGUUAGGGAUCGGGGUAUAGCGAUAUUUGUUUUACAGACAUGCUGUUAAAGGACUGAACUUUGAGCAUAUUCUUAGUAUUUAAACUGGUCAUCAUCUUUGCUAGUAUUACUCUUCUUGAAAGUAUUUUGAAUUCAGGGCUUUUAUUUAAAGGGAUAGUUUAUUGGAAAGGGAACAUUCUAUUUUCAUGGUGUUGUAAACCUGCACUCAAAAAAAAAUAACCCAUUGGAUGAACUCAAUUUAAUUGAGGGCAGGAUGACCAUCUAAUAAAUUUGUUUAACAGCAACUUAAAAAAAAAACUAGUUACACAAUUAAAUGCAACUGAGUUGGUCCAACAUGAUUUUAUCAAAUAAAAGUUUAAAUACAUUUGUAUUUUUAUUGAAUUUAACCUCAAAGUCUGAUAAUAUCAUGUAAGUCUAUUAUGUGCCGUACAUUUCGAAACCUCUUAGUUUUAUUCAAAUUUUUCCUAACUGAACUAAGAGAGCCAUUUCUAAGCUUAUUUCAUGAGUUCUUAUACAGUUGAUUGAGACUAAUCUCAGAACUAAUUUUAGGACAGUUAUUGCUCAAUGAGCAAAGCAACAAACCGCAUUUUUACUAAUUAAGCUGCCAACACCUAAAGCAUGGGUGCUUCUGCAAGGUGGUAAUCUCAAAAGUCAAAACAUUACAUCAAAAUCUUCUAAAUCUUCAAACUAAAGUGAACAUUAAACUCUAACAAGUCUUUCUAUUAACUUUAAACACCUAAGAUUACUUUUAUUGUCAACAUUUCCCUCACUUAAUUCAAUUCCACGCAAAGCAUGCUAGGAACUACAAUCCUCUAACUAGGUUGUUGGACCAACAAAAUUCCUUCAUGUUGUCCCUACACAAAACGCUUUAGUUAACUUAAUAGUUUACAAAUUUAAGUGGACUGAACGUAAAACAAAGAAAUUAGACAAAGAAAUUACAAAAAUUGUGUUGUUUCAGCUUAUUUUUAACAGGUAGUUUGAACAAGCAGCAGUAAUCAUUUUUGAGUGUGUAACUUUCUUCUAUGGAACUUAAAGAUAUAUAGUUUUAAGAAUGUUGGUGAUCAAAUAAUUGUGGUUACCACUGAUUUUCCACAAAAGAAAGCUUUCAUAGAGUUUUAGCUCAACAUUAGGGUAAGUAAAUACUUACAGGACCUAUAAUUGCAGAAAAAGUAUGUUAUUUUCUUCUUUUUUUUGAGAUCAAUAAUUGUCACCAAUAAACUAUAAUGCAGCCAACAUACAGUAUUUAUAAAGUUAAUUAAAAUGUAAAUUAUUAUUUUCUUAAAAAAUGA